AUGGACGAACUAUUCCAUGACUCACAGGAUAGUCAGGAAAACCUAUCCUCACAAACAGUAAGGGAAAAUUCUGACAAUAAUAUGGACACAAACGACUCCAUAAACUCCCAGGAGAAAGAAGAAAAUGACCGUACAGUAAAGGACCUAUAUGGGGAUCUAGAACCACCCCCUGAAAAUAAAGACUCAUUUAAACAUGCCAAAAGUAUGGAAAACAUACAAAACACAAGCUCUGACCCAAAUCUCAGACAAUACAGAUCCGAAUAUGCCACAGAUGUUGAAAAACCACUAAAAUUAAAAAUAAAACGGGUUGAAAUGCCAGCAAACGUGGUAAAGAGAUUACUAAACUUUCAAACCUCGGAAAAUACAUCUGAAGAAGAACGAGGAGCCCAAUCCCUCCUACUACAACAAUCCCUUAAAGCAGCUGCAGAGGCUAAUAAUACACUUCCAACCCCUCCACCAGCUUCCCACCCUUCACAACCAAGCAACACAUCAAUAUCUCAAUCCUUUUUCUUUCUCCCUCCACCACUCAGCACACAACAAUCCACUCAAAACAGCUCCCCAUCAACAUCCCAAAUACAACUACCCCCAGCCAGCCAUCUUACCCCCAACAGUAGAGGCUUGCAGAGGUGGUCCAGUCAGAAAGACUCAGCUAUUAGGCAGGAAAUAUUAGGAAUAGUAAAUAAAGACAACGAAAACUUUGAAGCCCCAAAAAAGACCACAAAAUUGAAGCACCUAAUACUCCAAAAAACAAAGGCCACACUAAAAACCAAUAAUAAAUACUUACCCCUAUCAGAUGACUCAGACAGAGAGGAUGAAAGUGAAGAAGAAGACACACAGAGGCCUAGAAUUAAACGAAACAAACCAAAUACACCUCAAAAGGACAAAAAUAACACACAAGCACCCACCAAAACAAAAAAACCACAAAUGCCGCCAAUUGUAAUAGACGGAGUAACCCGUAAUCAUAAGCAGAUGGUAGCCAAUAUCAAAGAGACUAUAAAUGGACAAUUCACAGUCAAACAUACAAAUCAGUCCACAAUACUAUUUGUAGAAGAUGAACCAGACUACACAAGAGUGCUCACUAAUAUAAGAACCGAGAAGAUACCCCAUCACACAUAUACUCAGAAGCAAGACAAAUCGCAUGCUUUUGUCUUAAGAGGCAUGACGACAGGCACGGAAAUAGAAGACAUAAAAGAGGAUCUCCAAGAGAGCUACGACAUAAAAGCCAGAGAGAUUUUCUUAAUGACCACUAAAAACAGGCCACUCUACUUAGUUAUUACAGAUCCGGCCAUUACGUUGGAAUAUCUCAAUAAAAACGGUGACUUCAGCGUGAAGCACACUAACGCUAGUACAAUAAUAUUUGUGGAUGAUAAAGAUGACCACAGCAGGGUACUCAACAAUAUAAAGGCGGAGAAACUAUCAUACCAUACAUACACAUCAAGUGACGACAAGUCCCACGCUUUCGUCCUGCGUGGCCUUGCAGAAGGUACGAAAAUCGUUGACAUUGAGGAAAACCUUGAAGAUGAUCACGAUAUUAAAGUUAGAAACGUGUAUCAAAUGAAUACAAAAGAAAGACCCCUGUUCCUGGUAGUUUAG